AGCACAGGUAACUUUGUGUUUGAAGUUGGUUGAUCAAGUAAUGAAAGUUAUUGAAAGAGUGAUUGAUAAGUUACUUAGAGAAAGAAUUGAUAUAGAUAAGAUGCAAUUUGGUUUUGUUCCAGGGCGUGGCACUACAGAUGCAAUAUUUUUACUCAGACAGCUUCAGGAAAAGUAUUUAGGAAAGAGAAAGAAUCUUUAUUUUGCCUUUGUAGAUUUAGAGAAAGCUUUUGAUAGAGUGCCACGUUAAGUUAUUUGGUGGGCUAUGAGAAAAUUAGGUGUGGAUGAGUGGCUAGUUACGAUGGUUCAGUCUAUGUACAGCAAUGCUAGAAGUCGUGUCAGGAUUAACGAUUCACUUAGUGAUGAAUUUAGUGUAAAUGUUGGUGUACAUCAGGGUUCUGUACUUAGUCCUUUGUUGUUUAUUCUAGUCUUUGAAGCGCUCUCGAUGGAGUUCAGAACAGGUUGCCCAUGGGAGUUAUUGUAUGCAGAUGAUUUGGUUCUCAUAGCAGAGUCGAUGGAAGAAUUAGUUGAAAAGUUUGAGAAGUGGAAGAAAGGACUAGAAGAGAAAGGGCUGAAGGUAAACACAGCAAAGUCUAAAGUCAUGAUAAGUAGCAUUGCAGCCAAGUGUGACCUUGUAGUUGGAAAGUGGCCUUGUGGAGUUUGCAGGAAAGGGGUUGGUAGUAAAUCAAUUUUUUGUCAGACUUGCAAGCAUUGGGUACAUAAGAAGUGCAGUAGUAUUAGUGGAAGGUUAAGAGCUGGCAUACAGUUUGUAUGCAAGCGUUGCAAAGGUGAGAUUAUAGAGAAUGAAGUAUUUCCAGCUUUAAUGAUGUACAACAGUGGCUCGUUAGAGAUAGUUAAGAACUUCUGUUACUUAGGUGAUAUGUUGGGCAGUGAAGGGGGUGUUGGAAGAAGUGUUACUUGCAGGAUAGGUUCUGCUUGGAAAAAGUUUAGAGAGUUACUUCCUUUAUUGACUAGCAGAGUCCUGUCAAUUGAGGUAACCUCCUGCCAAGACUUUCUCUGUCUGCCUCUCCCCCAAGAGGGUACAGGGCAGAGCCAUGUUGGGGGACAAGGUUUAUAUGACAGACACGAGUUAGAGUCAGUAUCAAGGCUACAUGCUAACACUCCACGCUCUGCCGUAUUUUGUUUGAUUGCGGUCGAACUAGGGCGGCCCCAUUUGGUACAGGAAGCCUGA